CAAUCAGAGACGAGAAACGUGUUUAUUUUCAUGACGGUCCGAUAGCGGAAGAAACAAAACCGGUUGAUAUAAGUCGGAACGUUCUUUUGCUCAGAACUGUACCACAUACCGUUCCUCGACAAAUCGGCCACUCUUUGCUGGUGACUGGGACAAUUCCUCCUAUACAAGGAAUUCCUAAUUUGUGUUUUGUGUGCUCUUGUGCUAAACGUGAAACAUACUCUGUACAGCCAUGCAUUCCGAUCUGCAUCGUUAUCUGAUCGUGGUCCUAGGGCUAACGAUCGUACUAGCACCGACCCUGUCCAACGGUCAGGUGGGUGAUAUUGCACGACCCAUCGAAAGCAAGGAGCUUAAGUGCCUCGUGUGCAAGGCAUCCAUGGCGGAAAUGGAGCUGGCCGCUUCGAAGGUGGAUCCGAACAAGAAGGUUGAGGUUGGCGAUUACCGGCUCGAUACGACGGGCGAAUCCAAAAAGAAGAAAAAGAUCCUGUACGCCAAGUCGGAAAUGUACCUAACGGAGAUGAUGGAGACGGUGUGCGAUCGGAUGGAUGAUUACGCGAAGGCCCGCUACAAGAAGAAUGGUCGACCGGUGGUGAUGAAGAUGAUGACCGACGGUGGCAUGAAUCCGGACAUGGCAAACGUAAACUUCGUGCAGGAAGGUGAUCUGAACAAGACGCUCAAGCAUCUGUGUUUGGAGAUUGUAGAGAACUACGAUGAGGAUAUUAUCCGGAUGUUCCAGGAGGAGGUGGUGAAGGACACGGACAUUCGGUUAUGCUCGCAAGUGGCCAAAUACUGUAAAGAACAACCGAUCGACGAUGAGUACGAGUACGAGGAAAGUGAAGAAAAUCGCGAUGAGCUGUAGGUUCAAACUAAAAUUAAUAUAAUCAUGCACGAUUGCAGCGAUACGUCCAUGAGAGCAUAGGAAGAGCCAAUGUUGUUCACACGCGGUUCCGUUUGCAAAGCAAAAGGAAAAACCAACAAGAAGAUUUGUUAGGGUACUGUUACCUUCGGCUCUGGUUGUUAAUCAUUGUGUCGAUCAUUUCGACAGGGAGUAUAGCAUUAUAUUGUAGCAUAUUGCAUACGAUAGAGUUCAAAGAGAUGGAUGAAAAUAAAACACUUUUGUACGUUUAUGAUAAAA